GUGUAGCCGGAGCUCGGAGCGCUGUGGUUGUGUAGUGGCAGCAGCUGUCUCUGGGGGAGUGGUAAACGGCGUCUCUGGGAGUGGCUGUGGUCCUUCCCAUGUUAUUGCCAGGGAGCAGUGCCAGUAGGAGAUCCGGAGUGCUUCAACACUUAAAAACUACAAACUGUGACCGUUGGGCAGAAGGCUUAGCUGCACCCACGUUUUUUUUUUCUUACAAAAAAAAACAAAAAACUCUACUCUACUCUCGCAAGGGCAGCUUUUUUUGCCCCCUUGUAUUCCUUUUUCAUUUUUUUUUUCUUUUCUUGUUACUUUUACAAAACCUCGUUGUUGCUAAUGUAAUUAUUAAUCCUCAACUUUAUCCUUUACCACUGAAAAAAAAGACGAGAAAAAAAGAAAGGAGUGCGAGUGGUGGCAGAUCCUCCCCCCAUAUCCUGGCGAGUUUGUUCUUUUCUUUUUUUAAUUUUUUUUAUUUAUCAGCACCCUACAUCACGCUGUGUAUGUGUGCAGUGGGUGAAGCUUGCUUUUUUGCAGCCUUCUUUAUCAGUGCCGGUCGCGUGGCUUCUUUGUGUACGGCAGCUGCUCCCAAAUGCAUGGGCAAACACAGCGGCUUGGCACGACUUGAGGGCUUUAAAAUACAACAACACCAGCCCUGAAGAAACAGCUACUUAUAUCACCGGAGACCGAGCGACCUAGUUUACCUGUAUAACCGAGUUCUGAAACUACUGUAAAAAGGGGGAUUUUACUAAACGCAUCUCUAUCUCCACAGCUUUAGAUCACACAGCGACUGGAGCAGCAUACCUAGCACUCACUUGAAUGUGGAUAUAAUAAGAACGAAGAAACAAGAAAAGAGAGAAAGCACUCGUGAAAACCACAGUUACUCAGAUUUUCACAUUACUGUAUCCAAAAAAAAAAAAAAAAAAAAAAAGAAAAUCAUGGAUGUACGGUUUUAUCCAGCUGCUGCUGGGACCGCUAUACCAGGAGAGCCUCCUAACCUGGAUUUUUCCCAGUGCCUAGGGUACUACAACUAUAAUAAGUUUGGGAACAAUAACAACUACAUGAACAUGGCGGAAGCAAAUAAUGCGUUCCUUGCAGCUAGUGAGCAGACGUUCCAUACCCCUAGCCUGGGUGAUGAGGAGUUUGAGAUCCCCCCCAUCACCCCACCUCCGGAGACGGAGCACGGGCUCAGCAUGGCUGAUGGGGCGUCCCACUUCCCAGGCAUGCCCGGCCCUCUGGCCACGCAUGGAAACGAGUUCACACCCCAGUUCCCCCCUCAGAGCCUCGAGCUGCCUUCUAUUACAAUAUCUCGCAACCUCCUGGAGCAGGAACGGGUUCUCCUGAACAAUGGACUGCCAGGGAACCUUGGCCACCUCCACAGCCACCACUAUCGCCAUAGCCCUGCCAUGGUCAUCAGGUCUGUCGGCAUGAACAGUGCUUCAGCAGCGAUGAUGUCACGGAAUCAGCUGACCACCAUCAACCAAUCUCAGCUGAGUGCACAGCUGGGUUUAAAUCUGGGGGGCCCAAACAUGCCACACACCUCCCCCUCCCCACCAGCCAGCAAAUCUGCAACCCCCUCCCCUUCGAGCUCCAUCAACGAGGAGGAUGCAGAGGAAGGGAACCGGGUUAUCGGGGAGAAAAGACCGGCCCCGGAUUCCGUGAAGAAGCCCAAGACGCCGAAAAAGAAGAAGAAGAAAGACCCCAACGAGCCACAGAAACCCGUGUCUGCAUAUGCCCUGUUCUUCAGGGACACGCAGGCUGCUAUCAAAGGGCAGAACCCCAACGCCACCUUCGGGGAAGUGUCCAAGAUCGUGGCCUCCAUGUGGGACAGCCUGGGAGAAGAGCAGAAGCAGGCCUAUAAAAGUAAAACUGAAGCUGCCAAAAAAGAAUACCUAAAAGCUCUCGCUGCCUACAGAGCGAGCCUUGUGUCAAAGGCUGCUGCGGAGUCAGCCGAGGCGCAGACCAUCCGCUCCGUCCAGCAGACCCUGGCGUCCACCAACCUCUCUCCGUCUCUCCUCCUGAACUCCUCCCUGUCGCAGCACGCCGCUGUGUCGGCCGCGGCCCUAGCACUUCAGCAGGGCCUUCCCAGGGCCAUCGCUCCCAAACCGCUGCAGAUGAGGCUGUCGGGCAACCAGAUCAUCUCCUCGGUUAGCGGCGCGCCUCCCAACAACAUGCCGUCCAGCAUCUCCACCUCCUUGAUGAGCCAGAUGGGGGCACCGAUGGUGGCGACGCCUACCGCCGCUUCUCAGAUAAGCCCCCCCAUGGGGAGCCCCCAGCAGCACCAGAUGCAACACCUGCAACAGCAGCAGCAGCAGCAGCAGCAGCAGCAGCAGAUGCAGCAGCACAUGCAACACCAGCAGCUGCAGCAGCAGCAGUUGCACCAUCAGCAGAUUCAGCAGCAGAUGCAGCAGCAGCAUUUUCAGCAUCACCUCCAGCAACAGCUGCAGCAGCACCAGCAACACCAGCACCACAUGCAGCAGCAGCAGCAGAUCCAGCAGCAGCAGAUCCAGCAGCAACAGCAGAUUCAACACAUGCAGAUGCAUCAGCAGCAAAUGCAUCAGCAGCAAAUGCUUCAGCAGCAUCAGCAUCAGCAAUCCCUGCCGUCUCCCCCCCAGCACUCCCCUGGAACACCGCAAUCAGUAGGGGGCUCAACGCAGAUAAACACAGCAGCACUGGGCAGCCCGCAGCCAACCGUGCAGCAGCAGCAGCAUCAGCAGUCCCAAAUACAAGCGCAGGCCCAGUCUCAAGUGUUAUCGCAGCAGGUCAGUAUCUUCUAAGCCAAAACAUUUUUUAAUAAAUAAAUAUAUGAAAGAAGAAAAAUAAAAGCAUCAGCCGGGUUGCUUUUCUAAGUUGCACUUAAGAAGUGUGUAAGUUUUACAGAGAACUGUCCACUGUUGUCGACAGAUACUGUAUGCAGGGAUGCAUAAUGGAACAAAUAGGGAACCAGAUUGUGUCUAUAAAAUAGGCAGCCUAUAGAAACUGCGGGUGUGUUAUGUUUUCACCCCAGUGUUUGGGUAACAACUCUGGCACGCCACAAAGAUGAUGUGCUGUGAUGUUCACUGGGAGACUCAUUCUUAUUGAUGAUGAAGCAUUAUUUACAAGGGUGUUGGUAACAAUUCUGCUAAACUGGACUGGACUGUUACAAUGAGUUUGGACAAUCACGCCUCAAGAAGAGAACACGCCAUCAAAGACAAGCAGGAGCUGUGACUAGCGUGUAGGUGGUACACUGUUUUAAUCCAACGAAAUGCGUCGCACCAUCAAACAAAAUGCAUGGAAACUGGAGUUUUUAUUUAUAUGCCAGUAUGUUGUACAGGUGAUAUCAACAUUCUAGACGCCAGCAUUGCUUAAUAGAUGUUGUUAUAACUCCCCCUGCAUUGGUCCUCAUUCCAUUCUUCUCUUGCACUGAAGCACAGUGUCUGUUCAUAGCCUUGCAGGAGGUCAAAAGAAGAACACUAUGUGCAGUUGUACAGCCAGGUGGAACCAUGGACAGACAAGGCUGACCUUUGAGGCCAUUGAAGUCAUUCUGUGUGUUUUAAAAUGUGAUGUGAAUCUACUGUAGGUGACCGGGGGGGAUGGGUAAGACGCUGCCCAUUUCCAAGUAAAGUAUUCUCAAGCUCAUUCAGAAUGCAUACAUGUCAUCGCAGCCAGGCACACCCUCUUGGUUUUUUAUUUUUUUAUUUUGUGUAAAUGUGAAUAUUUUACGGUAUGUGUAAACUAUAGACACUAGGCUGAUGGUUUCAUGAUAAGUGUAUUUUUUAAAACCAGAUGGUCAUUUGUUAAAUAAAAAAAAUAAAUACAAACUGUAGAAAGACAUUUUGAUGCCCUGUAUAUUCCAAUUUAAAUAAACAAUGGGAUAAUUCAGUGCCAA